ACAGCAUCCUCAAUUCCUUAUGCAGAUCACAUUUCACAGUACACUGGUGAUAAACUGAUAAUUGGUGCGUUCAGCAACUUCCCGUCAGGCGUCAAACCCACCAGCUGAGCUCGAAGUCAAGGCCAUUGGGGCAGAUGGCACAGGCAAUGGCGAUUCCGGCCGAGCUCUCGUGUUACCUGCUCCUCCUAGCUCUCCUAGCCAUCGUACCGCUCCUCUACUUGAAAGUUUCCCGCGGGAGGUCCAACUCUGGCCGGCGGCUGCCCCCGGGGCCAUGGGCUCUGCCGGUCAUCGGCCACCUGCACCACCUCGCCGGCGCGCUCCCGCACCGGGCCAUGCGCGACCUGGCCCGGCGCCACGGCCCGCUCAUGCUGCUCCGGUUCGGCGAGGUGCCCGUGGUGAUCGCCUCCUCCGCGGACGCGACCCGGGAGAUCAUGAAGACCCACGACCUGGCCUUCGCGUCGCGGCCCAUCGGGCCCAUGCUGCGCCGCGUGUUCCAGGGCGCCGAGGGCCUCCUCUUCGCGCCCUACGGCGACGCGUGGCGGCAGCUCCGCAAGAUCUGCACCGUCGAGCUCCUCAGCGCCCGCCGCGUCAGCUCCUUCCGCCACAUCCGGGAGGACGAGGUCGGCCGCCUCCUCCGCUGCGUCGUGUCCGCCGCGACGACGGGGCCGGUUAACCUGUCCGAGCGGAUAGCGGCGUUCGUCGCGGACUCCUCCGUGCGGGCCAUCUCCGGCUGCCGGGCCGAGAACCGCGACGAGUUCUUGAGGCUGCUGGAGGAGGGGAUCAAGGUCGUGCCCGGGAUGAGCCUGCCGGACAUUUUCCCUUCGUCGCGACUCGCCAUGCGCCUCAGCCGCGUGCCGGGCCAGAUCGAGGAACGCCGCCGCCGCAUGCUCGCCUUUCUGGAUACUAUCAUCCAGGAGCGCCAGGAGAGCAAAGCAGCAGGCAUCACAGGAGGCAUCAUCGAGGACUUGCUUGACGUGCUCUUGAGGCUCCAGAAGGACAUGGACUCACAGUAUCCCCUCACCACCUUGAACAUCAAAGUCGUCAUCCUCGACUUGUUUGCCGCAGGCAGCGAGACCUCGUCGACGAUGCUGCACUGGGCAAUGGCCGAGCUGAUGCGGAACCCGAAGGCGAUGCAGAGGGCGCAAGAGGAGGUCCGGAGGGAGCUCGCCGGCCACGACAAGGUAACAGAGGACAGUCUGACAAACCUGCACUACCUACGGCUAGUCAUCAAGGAGACGCUCCGGCUGCACCCGGCGGCGCCGCUCCUGCUGCCGCGGGAAUGCGGCAGCCCGUGCCAGGUGCUCGGGUUCGACGUGCCACAAGGCGCGAUGGUGCUCGUGAACGCGUGGGCGAUCGGCAGGGACCCGGCGCAGUGGGACGCGCCGGAGGAGUUCGUCCCGGAGAGGUUCGAGGAGCAAGGCGGCGGCGGCGGCAGGGACUUCAAGGGGACGGACUUCGAGUUCGUGCCGUUCGGCGCCGGGAGGAGGGUAUGCCCCGGCAUGACGUUCGGUCUCGCGCACAUCGAGCUUGCGCUCGCGGCGCUGCUGUUCCACUUUGACUGGAAGCUGCCGGAGGGGAUGGCCCCUGAGAAGAUGGACAUGACGGAGCAGGCCGGGCUCACCACGCGCCGGCAGUCUGAUCUAUUGCUGGUCGCGAUGCCACGUGCUCCUGUGCCGAUCGAGUAAGUAAGGGCUAUUGUAUUGUGCCUGGUGGUGUACCGCUGUGUGUUGCUUCUCUGGUCCUUUUCUGGCGUAGUGGGUACAUAUACCUAUUAGGCUAUUACCUGUAUAGUAAGACGUACAAAGUUGUUGGCGUCAUUUGUUUUUACAUGUAUAAUAAGACGUACAAAGUUGCUGGAGUAUAUGCUAGUAAAGUAUUUACAUAGUCGUAGAUUUUGGUAGGAGAAAUGUAAUGAUAUUUUUUUGUACUGUAUCAUUUUAUUACUGUAUAGCAAUUGUCAAAUACUGUUACAAAAACUA